CUGCCCCCACCUCCGCCGCGCGCCCAACCCCUCCCUCCGCGGGGCCGCCGGAGGGGACGAGCGGGGUCCCCCGGGGACGAGGUGACCCGGGCAGGCCGCGCAGAGGGGCGGCGGGCCGGGGCCGGCGGCGGCCUCCGGGGCACCGCUGCCGACGGGCUGCGAGGAGCCAGCCUGCAGCCCGCCCGCCCCCUCCCCCCCCGUCACCGCCGCGGGGAGCGCGGGAGCCUGAGAAACCCGGGCGCUUGGCUUGAUCCCGUGGUCCGCGACGCGGGGACGCGCCGGGAGGCCUCCCUCAUUCUUGGCUUGGGCCAAGCAGUCGUAGGAUGGACCAUCAACUCUUCUGCAGGCACUGAAGUGACUUUGUAAGCGCCGGCCGUGAGCCGAGGUCCUCGCGCAGGCAAUACUGCUCAGAGAAAAAGGUUUAGAGAGACAUGGAACUUGAAAGAAUCAUUCGAGACACACUGACAUACUUCAUCCAGUCCCACAUCCCUGCUGCAGACCUCAGUGGGAUGGAUGAUGUUUUCUUCUCUUAUAUCACGGGUGUCCUGGAAGAGCUGGGCUCACCAGAGUCCUCUGAGGAGACCUUUGACAUGGACACCUUUGUGGAAAUGAUGGAGGCAUAUAUUCCCGGUUUUGCAGAAAUCCACAGUGGGGAUGUUUGUGAAAUGAUGUUCUCCCUCUCAGAAAGGCUUGGUGAAGCUCGCAACAAAGAAAAACCUGGCCAAAAGACUGUGGAAAGCAGGAGUGAAGCACCCUCUGAAGACCUGACCAAGGGGCAAGAGCCUGGAGCCGGAGCCUGCAAUGGGGAAAGGCUGUGCACUCCAACAGAUGGAGCUGGCGCCCAGGAAGGCGAUGACUUGAAGGAUGGGGUGGAACUGCUCCUGGAGAUGUUCCCAGCCUGUACCGUGAGCCAGGCAGAGAAGGCACUCGCCAUGGCCUUGGGGAACUUGGAAGAGGCAGUGCAGUUAAUUGUGGAGGAGAAAGUGGAAAUUGGCCCAGCAGGUGUGAGUGUGAAGGAACUGGCACGGCCUCGCAGAGCGCCCAACCAUGAGGAACUAAAACAGGUUAUCCUACAGAAAUACAUGAUGGUGGAUAGUGCAGAGGAUCAGAAAACACAUCGGCCAGCUCCACCCAAAGAGGCUCCCAAGAAGUUGAUCCGCUAUAUCGAUAACCAGGUGGUGAGUACAAAGGGAGAGAGGUACAAAGAUAUCAAGAAGCCUGAGAGCGAGGAGAUGAAAAGAACCUACAUCAGCCUCAAACCAGCCAGGAAGUACAAGUUCCACUGA